AUGUUGCAAAAUAGCUCGCAGAGAAAGCAGAACACAGAGCUGUUGAGAUACGCCCUGUGCACAGGAAUCGUGUCAAUAGGCAUGUCGUUUAAUAAACAAUCACCUGCUGCGCUAAUGAACAUGCACUCCGCGCGGAUAUUCCUGACUCUCCAGGAAGCAAAGGAGCAGUAUGCAUAUUCGGGGAUGGAUGCCCUCCAGGCCGCUAAAACAGCAAGUGGGGUAGUAGCCUCCUGCUCUGUGCUUGUUCUGGGAUACUCUCGGGUGUCUUGUGCCCUUGAAAGCGUGCAUUUAGCCGUAGAGGCUGUGCGAGUGAUUGAACAGUGGAUAAGAGUGAGAAAAGUAAUGAAAAGAACAGCAGGAAAUAAACCUGCAAAGCAGCUUGCAGAAAUGCACAAUAAAGCCGUUUUCUGCAUGGCUUGUGCAGUGGCAGAGUUUGCAUCGUUUACUUUUAGGCUGUGGCCUGUUUAUCUGUGCGUGCAUGCUGUGAAGGGUGUCUAUUUCCUGCACAAACUGCUUUCUGAAAAUCCAAUGUUCUACAUAAACAAGCUCUAUGAAACAUGCCGGAAUGCCAUCCACUAG